CAGCCUUCCCUUGGGUGUCAGCUGAUGAGGGAUCGGCAGGCCACACGACUCCUGCCCUGACUGCCUGCCUGUCUGUCUGUCCUGAAUCAGGAGUUACCUCUUACUACCCACAGGUGAAGAAGGAAGCUCUUUGGUGCAGCUGAACCUUUUUCUCUUUUUCUCCUCAAUUUUCACCUUUAUUCUCUCUCCACACUGGAGGGAGAGGAAGAGGAGAGAGGCUUCAUUUGUUGUUUUUAACCAACACUAGCUUCAGGAUAUUUACAAGCUGAAAUAGGAAUCCUUCGCCACUGAAUGUAGCAUGGGGUCAGAUGAGUCAUACAAUUUUGUUUUCAAAGUGGUUUUGAUAGGGGAGUCCGGCGUAGGAAAGAGCAACCUUCUGUCUCGCUUCACUAAAAAUGAGUUCAAUCACGACAGCCGCACCACCAUCGGCGUGGAGUUCAGCACGCGGACUGUUCAGCUGGAAAACUUCACCAUCAAAGCCCAAAUCUGGGAUACAGCAGGGCUGGAGCGCUACAGGGCCAUCACCUCAGCGUAUUACAGAGGAGCAGUCGGAGCACUGUUGGUCUAUGACAUUAGUAAGCAUCUGACCUAUGAGAGCGCAGAGCGGUGGUUGAAAGAGCUAUUCGACCAUGCAGACCCUCACAUCGUGGUCAUGCUGGUGGGAAACAAGAGAGACUUGGAAACGCUCAGGACCGUGCCCACAGAGGAGGCCAGGGACUUUGCAGAGAAGAAAGGCCUCAUGUUUAUGGAGACAUCAGCGUUGGACUCGACCAAUGUUGAGGCUGCUUUCAAUGAAGUCCUCACAGCGAUCCAAAAGAAGGUGGCCAGCAGAGAGGUGACCCGUGGCUCCAUCAGUGCCAUAACACUGUCCAGCCCCAUUGGACCCACCAGUGAGGUACAGGAGGAGGGCAGGAAGUGCUGCAAAAGCUCCUAACAUGAAUGCUGCCCUGUAGAGAUUAUAGAUCUGCUCUGUCCGUGUUGUACCAGCUUCACACUCGACUGUUGUUCAAGCUUAAGCACCAUCAUUCACACCCAAUUAGAAGGGUGAGGUACCUGCUUGACACUUGUCAACACACAAGCCUCUUUAAAAUCUAAAAUGUGUACAGUCAAAAAUAAUGAGAAAAUCUAUUUGAUAAACUAUUUUGCUAUGCUUUCUGUUUUGGUGGCUAGUUGUUAGAUAGCUGUGCUUUUUCUUCCUUUGUCAUGUUCGUGUUUUUAAAGAGGCAUUGUAAAGCUUUUAUAAAGAAUGCACUGGGAUUCAUUUGGAAUAAAUUAUUUAUGUUA